AUGCUAACUCGUAAUUUCAACCAGGAACUACCAGAGAAUUUCUUUGAGAAUAUCAGAAGUUAUGAGACGAGAAAUACUGCACCAGACACGGUUGCAUUUGAAGGGACCUUUAAGUCCCUUUUAAUUAUUAAUUUUAACUCGCCCCAUUCUUUGCACGCAAACUGCGAAAAAGACGACGCACAUACAGGUUCAGCGUGUACAUCAGGAGUAAGGAUUGUGACCCGACAAUACUUGUUUGAUCUCAUGAAGAACGAAAAUUUGCUUAAUUUAGAUGCCAAAUUAAAUUUUCUAAAAGAUAAACUUUUGUCAUGUGAAGGUUACAAUGAAGACCAAAUUAUACCCGAGGGUGGUUUAAUAUGUUUUGCUUGUUGGGUACAUACUCGGCGUACAAUACAACAACAAGGAAUCAUAGCAGCUCCUGCUGUUAUGAAUAUGAAUGCAUGUGUAUGGUGCCGACGGUCUCUUGCCCAAACACGCAGCCACUCCAUACCUGAAGGACCUGAACGGACCAUAAUAACACAAACGAUAUAUCCAAGAGAGAUUCCACCAGGAGGACUGGUUUGCUAUGCUUGUUGGGUAGCAGCACGUAGAAAUGUGGAGCAUGCUACAAGGGUUGAGGAUAACCGGCAAGGCCCAUCUAAUCUUCACCAAGACUCUAUGUGUGCAUGGUGUAGAAUGUCGCUACACCGAAGGCGAACACAUGUGGCUAGUGGUCCUGUGAGAGAUGAAGUUGCAGCAAGAAUUUACCCCAAUGAGUUACCAGAACAUGCGCUACUUUGUUCCAACUGCUGGACACGUGCACACGAAAAUAUAGAAAUGGAGCAAGAAGUUGUGCAAUUUGAUAUCCAGCCACCAAGUGCAUCAAUAACACUUGAUGGUUUUACACACACAACACAGACAAGUACUCAUUGUUUUGUGCCGGCCUGUAACAAUGUAGAACGAAAUAGAGUGCCGGAAUACUUAAGAAGAAUUAUAUUAAAAUCGGAAAAAAUAUUUGUGACAGAAAAUGCAAGAGUAUGUAAUGAACAUAAAUGUUUAUACAACUGGGAGUUUCUGGACCAGCAUCAGUUCUCAAAUACAUUUACAAAAAAUGAAAUAGAGUCAAUGCUGAAGCUGAGUAUCCAGGACAAUGAAAUAAAUCAACUAGAUUUUAAUAAUAUGAGUAGUAUUGAUGAGGGACUCUUUAAGUUCUGGACUGGAAUUACAAAAGACAAUUUUAUAAAUAUUUUAAAUGUAAUAAGCCCAGCAUUGACUUGCAAAAACCAAAAAAUUGCUUUGGGAAUCUAUUUGGUGAAAGCUCGUACAGGGGACUCCCAUGAAAGGAUUGCCUCUCUGUUUCAUCUGACCAAGUCCUCAAUAACACGAUUGCUUAGAGUAGCUAAAGAGGCAUUGCUAAGCACCGUAAGUUAUGAAAACGUGACAACUCGUCAACGUAAUAAAAUUCGCGCAUCUUCGCUAGAACCGCAGGACAACACAUUUGAAAAGACCAUGGAAGACAACUCUUUGACCAUACUCGAAGACACGCGUAUGAGUCUCCCAGACCUUAACAUAGCUGAACACAAAGAACUACGUGAUGAAAUCAGCUUCUUAAAAACACAGCUAGCAAGUGCCCAUUUGGAAAUAGACAGAUUGAACUUACAGGUUACAGAUUUACAAAAAAGAAUAAACGACCAACAAAGAAAAAGUCAAGUAUUAAAACAAUUGAUAAAGGAACCUGCACCACGUAAACUAACCCCCAUAAAAAAAUCCAGUGACAUUACAUUAUCAGAAAGAAAGAAGAAACAAAACAAGCAAAGUUCUCCAUCAACUUCAACAAAACCCUGUCCAACGCAACCUGUAACAAAUGACGUAACUAGCUCAAAGAAAAUAACAGAACAAUCUAGCAACAAUGCAAAGAGAAAACUAUGUAUUUUAAGCAAUAGACAUUAUUCAGGCCCAUUACGGAAAUUACAAUUUCUUGCGAAUUCUACAGCAUAUAACGACACAGAGAGCAAUUACCAAUCUUCUGGCACAACUGGUUUAGAUGUAGAUAAUAUUAUAGACAUUGGGUCCGAUUGCGUUUCUUUGGCGCACUUAAAUAAUGCCGAAUAA